AUGUUGCAGGAAUCCAAAUAAAACAGAGUGUGUGUUCCGACUUAGAGUGCCAUGCAAGAAUAAAUCUAAUAUGUGACUUGUGGAGCUGAGAGUACAUUUUGUAUUACGAUACAGAGGAAAGUGUUUAUGUGGGGAUCUGGGAUUCAAAUUCCAUAGCAAUUAGACCUGUAGGAGAUUGAAUAGAUAGCUGCUUCAAAGGAGCAUUGGUUUGCAUGGUCUGAGACAUAGGUUUUCGGAUGUGGUUCAAACAAAUAAGGCAAAUUGGGUAUGAACAACUCAGUGAAUACUCCGACGUUGUUUGACAUUUUCAGUGAGGCUUCGCAAUAUGGAUGGCAACUUCAAAAGAUAGCUGUUGGAUUGGAUCAUAGUGUAGCAUUAAUAGAAGUGGAGGAGGAAAACAAGAUUUUCGUUUGGGGUUCCAAUACUUAUUAGCAAUUGGGUUUCGAUGCCUCAGAAUAAUUUGUUGCUAUUCCUCAUCAAUUAGAUUCAGACAAUCUUCCUCGAAUUGUUGACAUCUAUGCAUAGCACAAUUACACUAUGGCCAUAGAUGAAGAAGGUCGUAUCUUUUCAUGGGGGAGCAACGAAUUUGGACGUCUAGGACAGAAUGCAUUUGCCAAGUGUAUGAAAUUGCCAUCUCCCAUAACAUCACUUGGCAAUGCCAAAAUAGCAAAACUGGCCUUGGGAACAUUCCAUGUGUUGGCAAUCGAUACUCAAGGCAAUCUCUAUUCAUGGGGUCGUGGAUUGUAAGGGUAAUUGGGACAUGGGAAUUCGAAUGAUUGCAACAAACCCACUCAAAUUAGUUCUUUGCAAGCAAUUAGAGAGGUGACCUGUGGAGAGGCUCACAGUAUGGCAUUAUAAAAUAAUGGUUCUGUGUAUGUCUUUGGAUCUGGUUAAUUUGGAUAAUUGGGAUUGGGAGAUUACAAACAAUAAGAUACACCUUAGAUGUUGUAGAUUCAUGGGGAGAUGAUUGCUUGUGGGAGACAUCACUCAGGUGUGCUCACCAAAAAUGGGGCUUUGUUUAUGUUCGGGAACAAUGAGCAGAGUCAGUUGGGAUUGGAAUGUGGAAAGAGUGGUGCCUAUUCGACUCCUUUGCCCAAAUAGAGUCCUAUGAAUGUAUUACAGCACUUAUGCAAUUUAGAUAGACCAAUCAAAUCUUUGAGCUGA